AUGGCAGCUCCUCAAGGGGGUUAUCCUCCACAGGAAGGGUAUGCCCAGCCCGGCUACGAUUCACCGGCUCCCGCGCAACAGUCACCAGCGCCUGCACAACCUGCCCCUCACGCGGCUCCGAGUGGAAAGAAGAAAAGAGCGUAUGCUGGUGAAGCGUUCGAGUUUGGCUCGGGUGCUAAUGCCGCUCUUGGGGGACAGCAGACGGCGGGAGGUGCCUAUGGAGCAUACCCUCAACAGGCCCAGCCUGCUGGAUACCAGCAGCCCGUAUACAACGCAGACCCGAACCAGAUGCAGCAAGCAUCAGCAGGUUAUCCUGCACCGGCUGCCGAUGUCGCUCAAAUGACACAGCAGUUCGGUGGAAUGGGCAUGUCAGAGCCACACCACAUGCCCGCUGUCCCGCCGCUCGCGCCUGUUCAGCCUGCGCAGAACAUCCAGCUGAACCAGCUAUACCCAACAGACCUCAUCUCUCAACCAUUCAGUGUGGCAGAGCUGGAUUAUCCUCCACCUCCAAUUAUUGUUCCUGCAGGGACUAGUGUUUACCCGUCUCCCAACGCUAUUUGCCCCCCAAAAUUCAUGCGGUCGACAUUGAACGCAGUCCCGACAACCUACAAUCUCCAAAAGAAGUCUAAGUUGCCAUUUGCGCUCGUCAUCCAGCCAUACACGUCCCUUCACGAAUCGGAAGAUCCGAUCCCUGUGAUCCCCGACCAAGUUAUUUCGCGAUGCCGACGCUGUCGCUCUUAUAUCCAUCCCUUUGUUACGUUCCUCGACCAUGGUCACCGGUGGCGCUGUAACAUGUGCAAUUUAACCAACGAUGUGCCACAGGCCUUUGACUGGGAUGCCGCAACACAGACGCCAGCCGACCGUUCGUUGCGUGCCGAUCUGAACUAUAGCGUGGUCGAGUUUGUUGCGCCCCAGGAAUACAUGGUCCGACCCCCACAGCCGCUUGUCUAUCUAUUCGUGAUUGACGUCAGCUAUUCGUCCGUGCAAACUGGUCUUCUAGCCACGAUUGCGCGAACUAUCAAGGAGAGUCUCGAUCGUAUACCCAAUGCCGACCGCCGGACUCGAUUGGGCUUCCUCGCGGUUGAUUCAAGUCUGCACUACUUUAGCAUUCCUCGAGAUGGCCCUGAGGUUUCCGAGCCACGGAUGUUGGUCGUCAGUGACCUUGAAGAGCCAUUCCUACCAAUUCCUGGUGAUCUUCUUGUGACACUUAGCGAAUGCCGACAGAACGUUGAGAAUUUCCUUGACAAACUCCAAAAGAUGUUCGAAAACACUCAGAACAACAGCCUUGCAUUGGGAUCGGCCCUGCGGGCUGGUUACAAACUAAUCUCCCCCGUUGGUGGUAAGUUAACUGUACUGAGCGCCUCACUGCCUAACAUUGGCCCUGGAGCGCUCCCUGUCCGGGAAGAUAAGAAGUUGCUGGGCACAAGCAAGGAAUCGAGCCUUUUGCAGGCUGGUAACGCUUUCUACAAGAGCUUCGCUAUUGAGUGCUCGAAGGCUCAGGUGUCCGUAGAUAUGUUCUUGUUCAGCUCUCAGUACACCGAUGUCGCAACACUAAGCUGUCUUCCUCGGUAUACCGGAGGACAAACCUUCUUCUACCCAGGUUGGACCGCCUCCAGAAGCGAAGAUGCCGUCAAAUUCGCACGUGAGUUCUCCGACUACCUGUCUGCUGAGAUCGGUUUGGAAGCCGUUCUUCGUGUGCGCGCAACCACUGGUCUACGCAUGAGCAGCUUCUACGGAAACUUCUUUAACCGCAGUACCGACCUUUGUGCUUUCCCCGCAUUCCCCCGCGAUCAAGGAUAUGUGGUGGAAGUUUCAAUUGACGAAAGCAUGACAAAGCCUGUUAUUUGCUUGCAGGCUGCGGUUCUUCACACCACUUGCAAUGGCGAGCGCCGUAUUCGUGUCAUCACCAUGGUCCUCCCUACCACCACCAACCUGGCCGAUGUCUAUGCCUCGGCUGAUCAACAGGCCAUCGCAACCUUCUACUGUCACAAGGCCACUGAAAAGGCUUUGAGCAGCGGCUUGGAUCCUGCUCGCGAUCUUCUGCAGUCCAAGAUUAUCGAACUGCUGACAACCUACCGCAAGGAGCUUGCUGGUGGCAGCGUCGGCGGCGGUGGUCUCCAAUUCCCAGCCAACCUCCGGGCUCUGCCAAUUCUUUUCCUCGCAUUGAUGAAAAAUCUUGGCCUUCGCAAGUCUGCACAGAUACCCUCGGAUAUGCGGUCUGCCGCGAUCUGUCUCUUGUCUACUCUGCCCCUACCUCUUCUCAUCCAAUACAUCUACCCCAAGAUGUACUCCCUCCAUGAUAUGCCCGACUUCGCCGGUCUUCCGGACGAGGCGACCGGCGAGAUCAUUCUUCCGCCAACUCUUAAGCUGUCUUCCCAGGCUCUAGCUGCAUAUGGUCUGUACCUGAUUGAUGAUGGACAGACACAGUUCCUCUGGGUCGGCCGUGAUACGGUACCCCAGCUCAUUCAGGAUGUGUUUGGUGUUGCUGACCGUAGCGAGCUACGGGUUGGUAAACAGAGCUUACCCGAGGUUGAGAACGAGUUCAGUCAGCGCGUGCGGGCGGUGAUUGAGAAGAGUCGUGAUCACCGAUCCAAGGGUGUUGGAAGUAUUAUCGUACCCCAUCUGUAUGUUGUGCGUGAGGAUGGCGAGCCUGGACUUCGCCUGUGGGCUCAAACGAUGUUGGUUGAGGACCGCGCAGACCAGGCUCUUAGCUUGGAUCAAUGGAUGGCUACUCUACGGGAGAAGGUUGUUCAGUAA